AUGUCAGCUUCAGAUGAUUCAGAUUCAUCUUCAAAUUUUGACGAUCCAGAUGAUUCUUCCGAUGAGGAAAAUAAUCCGACUGUUUUGGUUGCUCAGGAACAAUGGGUUAAAUUAAUUGAGUUUUGUUCAUUAAAAUCUAAGCCUGAUGAAUCUGUGAGCAAAGGUGUUGGCAUUGAAAAAUUAUGCGGAGCAACUGAUGCUGGUUUUGGUGAUCAAGAAAAAGUGGAAAACGGGUGGAUUGUAACUAAUAAUAAUCAAGGAGAAAGUUUUAGUGUUUCAUUUCAAACACGAAUCUUUAUUAACGAAAUAUAUAUUUAUGAAAGUCUCAACCCAGGAAGUAUUGUUCAAUUAGAAAUGCUGGAAACUCAACAACACAAAUGGUGGACUAUGUGGCAAAGAAAAACUCCUCCAGAAAAACAACCAGUAACGCAUAAUAUUUUCAAACCAAUCUUACGACGAUAUCAUAUGCAGUCGAAUACUAUUCGUGUAACUCUCAAUCCAACAUACACAGAUCGAAUAGGCAUUCAAGCAAUAAAAAUUGUUGGUUCAAAUAUAUUUGAUGUAAAUCUAAAUCAUAAAUCCUUAUUCCAAUCAAUGGCAAAAUUAUAUGAACAAGCUCUCUCUAAUACAAAUACUGAUGCACAAUUUAUUUUUGGUGAUAAAACAGUAAAUGCUCAUCGAAAUAUAUUAUGUUGUCGUAGUUCAUAUUUUCGUUCAUUACUAUUAAGUGAUUUUCUUGAAAAAUCUCAAAGACAGCCAAUUGCAUUAACUGAUAUUGAUUAUGAAACAUUCCUAGCAGUUUUACAUUUUGUCUACACUGGUGCAUAUCAUCAAUCGAUAUCAUUUGAUAUUGCAAUAAAGGCAAUGAUAUAUUCGAAUAAAAUUAAUUUUUUAACAGCAAAAAACGCAGCUAUAGAAAAUAUAUGUCGUUACUUACGUUUAAAUCAUGAUUAUAUUAUAAAUAUAUAUAGUCUUGUAAAGAAAAUGUCACCAGCAUUUGACUUAUUAUUAGAUUAUGUUUAUGAAUUAUGUUCAGAAUUUUUGAAUGAUAUUUGUAAAAAUGAGGAUUUUAUUAACCUUGAAAAAGAAUCUAUGAUUGAUCUAAUAUGUCAAGGUGCUCAACGACGUGAGACCCGUGAACAAGAGAAGCUAAAACAAAUGGCUUCAUAUCAUGAAAAUGCAAGAAAUGAGGAAGAAGAAGAAUAA